AGAAAGAAUUGUCAAAAAUUAACAAGUCACAAAAGCUCUAUUAUUCAUCGGUGAAUCAUCUUAUCAUCAAACCUCUACAAAAGCAGCCAUGGCCAUAACCUUCAUUGCUAUCAUUUUAUUCAUAUUUUCCAUUCUUUAUGCUAUAAAAUUUUCUCAAUAUUAUCACAAUGGAACUCCCUCAAUUCGACGGCUUCCUCCUGGCCCAAAGCCAUGGCCUCUCAUUGGUUGCCUUCCAGCAAUGUUGAGCAACAAAAACUUGCCAACAUACCAAUGGAUCCAUGAAGUUAUGAAGCAAUUCAACACUGAAAUUGCAUGUAUCCGUCUUGGAUCAAAUACCCACAUAAUUCCUGUGGCUUCUCCAGAACUCUCUCUUGAAUUUCUAAACACACACGAUUCUGUGUUCGGAUCACGAUCCAUCUCCAUGACUGCUGAGAUAGUGAGCAAUGGAUAUCUAAGUACAGUUCUUUCACCAAUGGGAGAGCAGUGGAAGAAAAUGAGAAAAAUACUCGUUUCACAAGUACUCAAUCUUCCAACCCUCCAUCAAAUGGUUGGCCAAAGAACAGAUGAAGCCGAUAUUCUUCUACGUUACAUUUUCGGCCUCACUAGAAACGGUGAAGCGAUCAACAUAAGAAGCAUUGUACGGCAUUAUUGUGGUACCGUUAUUAGAAGAAUGAUUUUUAGUAGAAGAUACUAUGGAAAAGGUAGGGAAGACGGAGGGCCAUCUUUAGAAGAAGAAGAUCACAAUCAAGCACUGCUGUCCAUUCUUAGGCAUGUUAAUGCUUUUUCUAUAUCUGAGUUUAUACCUCUGUUGAAGAAAUUUGAUCUAGAUGGACAUGAAAAGAUAGUAAAAAGGGCUUUGAAAGUUAUAAGAAAUAAUGAUGAACCCAUUAUAGAGGAAAGAGUGCAAGACUGGAGAGAUGGAAAGAAAAAGAAGGCCGAGGACAUUCUUGAUAUCCUUAUCUCACUCAAAAAUGAGAAUGGCAAAUCGUUGUUGUCCAUCGAAGAGAUUAAGGCUCAAGUCACGGAUUUGCAACUUGCCAGCAUAGAUAAUCCUUCAAAUGCAGUAGAAUGGGCACUUGCAGAAUUACUUAAUCAACCAAAAAUUAUCCAAAAAGCUGUUGAAGAGUUAGAUAAAGUAAUUGGAAGAGAUAGACUAGUACAAGAAUGCGAUAUACCUAACCUCAUGUAUCUCACGGCUUGUAUUAGAGAAUCUUUUCGACUUCAUCCAUUUUCACCCUUCAAUGUUCCUCAUGUUUCCAAUUCUGACGUUUUUGUGGCUGGCUACUUCAUCCCUAGAGGUAGCCAAGUAUUACUAAGUCGUUUGGGUCUCGGUCGAAACCCUAGAAUAUGGGAGGAUCCAAUGAGGUUUGAUCCAGAACGUCAUCUGAAAGAUGGGACAAUUAAAUUUGGAAUUUCAGAACCGAGUCUUCGGUUCAUCACUUUCACAAGAGGGAGAAGAGGAUGCAUUGGUACCUCACUUGGCACAAAUAUUACCAUGAUGCUAUUUGCUAGACUUCUACAAGGAUUUUCAUGGAGCUUACCGCCAGAAACUCCAGAGAUAAAUUAUUAUUCUAGAACCGAUGAACUUUCUCUUCCAAAGCCAUUACAUCUACAUGCAGUGCCACGUUUAUCCCAUGUUAUGUAUUAUUGAUAACGAAGCAUAAAGCAAAGUAAACCAAUAAGUCUACGAAAUAAAAACAUAU